AUGAACACAACGGUUCUCACUCACUCUGCUCAACUUUCUAUAAACGAUCACCAAAAAUCGCUCGGAAAAGUUAAACAAUAUCAUAGUACUUCGGAUUUGUUUGUCGAAUCGGACGAUAUAACCUUUACACCCUUAGAUCCCGAUUCCAUGCUCGCAGAUUUACCUUAUACUUCCAGUACUGGUUCUGUCAGUGGCUCAACCGUUAUUACCAGCCCUGCUCCUUCUUACAUGGCCCACCUUCCUUCAAAGUUAAAAUCUUUUUUUAGACUAAGCGGCGGUCAUAAAAAGGAAUCUUCGAUGAGUUCUGCUAAUGGUGAACAUGGUUCCUCCUCAUCUUUAUCAUCCAUUUUGUCAAACGAUAGUGAAAAGAAUUCUGUUAAUGAUUAUGUUCAAAAUGAGGGUUCGAAACCAGAAAAAAAUAAAACAAUUGGAUCUUUGUUUUUAAAAGAUCAAAACAGUAAUCAAAAGCUGCGUAGGGUAGCUUCUGCUCCUAAUACUAAAACUUUGAACGAUAUUAAUCUUGGAAAUUCGCAAUAUCAAUUUUACGGAAAUUCCAACGAGAAUAAUAACGUAAAAUUGUCUGUUCCAGUUAGGCCUGUAUCAGAAAUAAAACGGUCUGGGACUUUCAAACGAACUUAUUCGUCAAAUUCGAUCAAAAUCAAGAGAGUUGAAGUCGGUCCUAGUAGUUUCCAGAAAAUUAAAUUAUUGGGAAAGGGUGAUGUUGGAAAAGAAAUGAUCAAGCGGAACAAAAUCAAACGUGCGCUUGCUGAGCAGGAAAUUCUGGCUACAUCAAAUCAUCCAUUCAUCGUCACGUUAUAUCAUUCUUUCCAAAGUGUGGAUUAUUUAUAUUUAUGCAUGGAAUAUUGCAUGGGUGGUGAAUUCUUUCGUGCAUUACAAACACGGCCAGGGAAAUGCUUAUCAGAAGAAGAUGCUAAAUUUUAUGCUGCUGAAGUAAUUGCUGCAUUAGAAUAUUUGCAUUUAAUGGGUUUUAUUUAUCGUGAUUUGAAACCUGAAAAUUUUGAUCUUUCAAAACAAUCCCAUCCAGCAAAUAUGCCCGGAAUUGUUAAAAAUAGCUCUGGAAAUUCUCCACCAACAAUAGAUACAAAAUCAUGUAUUGCUCAUCUUCGAACGAAUUCUUUUGUUGGAACUGAGGAGUACAUUGCUCCAGAAGUGAUUAAAGGCUGUGGUCAUACAAGUGCCGUUGAUUGGUGGACACUUGGGAUCCUAAUAUACGAAAUGCUGUACGGAUUCACUCCUUUCAAGGGUCAGAAUCGUAAUGCCACUUUUUCUAAUAUAUUGAAAAAUGAUGUUUGUUUUCCAGAAACAGGGGGUGCACAAACGGUAUCAAGUCUUUGUAAAGCAUUAAUCCGUAAAUUGCUGUGUAAAGAUGAAAAUCGACGACUUGGAUCUAAAGCUGGUGCAUCUGACGUUAAAGCUCACCCUUUCUUUAAGAGUACGCAGUGGGCUUUACUGAGGCAUGCAACUCCACCAAUUAUACCUCAACAAAGUUUCGGUACUGAUACUGUAAACUUCCGUAAUAUUCAAGAAAGUGUUAGUUUAGAUAUGGAAGGAGAGAAAAUCGUGGUUAGUGUUAAUGGUGACAAUCCUUUUGAAGAAUUUAAUAGUG